GGAAUUGACAGGCACAAGUGAAGCGCAGCCCCGCCUCCUGCGCAGCCUCUUUUUAUUAGCUGUCGGAGUCGGGCGGAGCGUCGAGCUGCUCUCCCAUUGGUUGUAUGGCGGCGAGGAGCGGGGCUACGCGGAGAGGCCUGACCAGGCAGGGCUUGGGUCGGCGGUGCCGGCCGGGGUUUGAGGGUGAUCCCGGGUCUCCGCCACUGGGCCCGGGAAGAUGGUGCUGGGUGGUUGCCCAGUGAGUUACUUACUUCUCUGCGGCCAGGCGGCUUUGCUGAUGGGGAAUCUCCUGCUGCUGCACUGUGUCUCUAGGAGCCACUCGCACAACACUACCGCCGAGCCCGAGCCCACAUCCGCUGACGCCGCCCACCCGGAGGGCUCCAUCGGCUCCGCGAGCUGGGAAUAUGGCGACCCCCACUCUCCAGUCAUCCUUUGCUCUUACCUACCCGAUGAAUUUAUAGAAUGUGAAGACCCAGUGGAUCAUGUUGGAAAUGCAACGGCAUCCCAGGAACUUGGUUAUGGUUGUCUAAAGUUCGGUGGCCAGGCCUACAGUGAUGUGGAACACACCUCAGUACAGUGCCGCGCCCUGGACGGAAUCGAAUGUGCCAGUCCUAGGACCUUCCUACGAGAGAAUAAACCCUGUAUAAAGUAUACCGGACACUACUUCAUAACCACUUUGCUCUACUCCUUCUUCCUGGGAUGUUUUGGAGUAGAUCGUUUCUGUCUGGGACAUACUGGCACAGCAGUAGGGAAGCUCUUGACACUUGGAGGACUUGGGAUUUGGUGGUUUGUUGACCUUAUUUUGCUUAUUACUGGAGGGCUGAUGCCAAGUGACGGCAGCAAUUGGUGCACUGUUUACUAAAAAGAGCUGCUACCGUGGCCCAGAGAGGUAAGUCUCCUGAAUUCAUCCCAAAAGCUCAGAACUCUUGCUUAUUAUCAGACCUGACCAUUGCCUUCCUCUUUGGAGGGAAUGGCUUUGGUUAGGAAGGUUUCUUUGGACUGUGGAUUUUCAACCCAAACUUUACCUUGCAGACUAGAAAUGACAAGCAAACAGUAUUGUGGGUAUCAAGUUUGCACCUUUCCUCAUAUACAAAAAAUAUAAAGGACAGUGAUUAACUUA